UUACGAUUUGCUGCCAUCAUUUUUUAUUCUUGAUAUUUCCAUUUUUUAAAUUCUUUUAUUUUUCAGUUCUCAUCAUUCUGACUAUAACGGAACACAGAAAGAAGAAAAAGAAGAAUAUAAAUUUAAUUUAAAUCAAGCUUUCCAAUUCAACAUAUAAACAUGGCUUACGCAUAUAAAGAUGAUAAGAAGGCUGAAGAACCUCAACCUGUUGAGCGUAUCCGCAUUAUUCUGACCAAGGCGUUGGAGAAAGUUUGUGAAAAGCUGAUCCACGGUGCUCGUGAAGAACAUUUGGCUGUCAAGGGCCCUAUUCGUAUGCCAUCUAAAGUGCUUUGCAUUACUGUGCGUAAUACACCGUGUGGAGAAGGUUCUAAGACUUGGGACCGUUUUCAGCAUUUACGUCAUGUUUGUUCUUGGUUGGGAAUGAAACGUGUUGGUUGGAUUUUUAAUGAUCUUUGGAGCGAAUCGAGGACGCUGGGGACUGUUAAAUGUAUUAGAAAUGAGGAUUCAUUUUUACUUUCUGCUUCUGAAUGUAUAACUGCUGGCAAUUUACAAUCACAUUUUAAAAAUGCUACAAAUUAUUGUGAUACUGGUUAUUUUGGUUCUAGAUUUGUUACUGUUGUUGCAUCAGGAAAUUCUUCAAAAGGAAUCGAUUUGCAUGGAUAUCAAGUCUCCAAUCAAUGCACAGCAAUGGUUGAAGCUAAUAUUCUUUGUCCAACAAAAACACAUCCUGAAUUGGCCUGGGCUAGAGAGACGCCAUUAAACAAGCGCAUUAUAUUACUUCUGUUCAAUAUACGGAGAAAAAUGAAAGAGGCGAAGAAGUUUUUCGUGAUGGAAGGCCUAUGCCUGUUGAAUAUUUACUUGUUGAUGUGCCGUGUGGGGUUCGAAAAGUGCCAAAUUAUACAUUUCCUCGUGGCCAUCUUAUCGGUUUCCAUAUGGAGAAUUUGGACACGGGUUUUUAUAUUAGGGGGAUUUUUAAGUGGUGGGGAAUCUUGGCAAAACUUGCGGUUUAUAGUUGAUAUCAAUUUUUAUAUUUUUUUAUUUUAG